UGCGAUGAGGGGAAGCUCUGAUGAUUUUAUAGCCGGCAGACGAUAAGUGAGCAGGAGGUGGGGAGUCACUGACUGCCCCUCAUCAAUUCUGUUCCCCUCAUCCACUCCUCAUUGAUCCACACGUCAAUUUAACUCCCUCUCAGCCCCAUAGAGUCCGGUUCUUUUUCUUACGUUUUUCCUUCUCUUUUUUACGUCUUCACCAAUUCCGCAUCCUCAAUAUCAUUAACUACCAAAAAACCACAUCAUGUCCGUCACAACGCAAGCAACCAUCGCCUCCUUCGGCGGAAAGCUGCUCAAGCUCAGCCAUGCCGCCACCUCCACCCGUUGCGAAAUGUCCUUCAACCUCUACCUGCCGCCCCAGGCCUUCCAGAACCCCUCGCAGAAAGUCCCCGUCCUCAUCUACCUGUCCGGUCUGACCUGCACGGCCAACAAUUGCUCCGAGAAGGGCUUCUUCCAGCACGGCGCCAGCAAGAAGGGUAUCGCUGUGCUUUACCCGGACACCAGCCCGCGAGGAUUGAACAUUCAGGGCGAGGACGACUCCUGGGACUUCGGCACCGGUGCCGGAUUCUACGUGGAUGCCACCAAGGCGCCCUACCAGGGUGGCUACAACAUGUACACCUACGUGACGGAGGAGCUGCCCAAAACCGUCUUUGCCGCGUUCCCUCAGCUGGAUGAGAGCCGUGUCAGUAUCACCGGUCACAGCAUGGGUGGCCAUGGUGCUCUGACCCUGUUCCUCCGUAACCCGGGCAAGUACAAGUCCGUCUCCGCCUUUGCACCCAUCUCCAACCCCAUCAACUGCCCAUGGGGCCAGAAGGCCUUCGGUGGCUACUUCGGCGAGGACCAGCAGGAGAAGUGGAAGGAGCACGACGCGACAGAGCUUGUGAAGAAGUGGAAGGGACCGUUGGAUGUGCUCAUUGACGUGGGUACCGGCGACAACUUCUACAAGCAGGGCCAGCUUCUGCCCGAGAACUUCGAGAAGGCGGCCAAGGAGGCCGGCGUUGAGGGCCUCAAGGUCCGCUACCAGCCGGACUAUGACCACAGCUACUACACGAUGGCGACGUUCGCGGACGACCACGUCGAGCACGCGGCCAAGUACUUGUUUGCAUAGUGGGUUGAUUUCCCUUUUCCAAUCCCUGUUGUUGCAUGGAUCGUGAUUGGAUGCGUUUCUUUGUAUCUGUGAAUUGAAUGUGCCUGUAAUGAAUGACCGCGAUGACUGGAUGGAGCGUCUUCUGAUGUUGGCAGCGAUCGUCCGGCGAAAUCCAUGAUCUAGAUAAGAUGAAUUACGACUGUUCAGAUGACCUGGUCCCAUUCGCGUAGAUAGAUUAGAAGGAUAUAUGUACAUACCCGGUUAAACAAUUAGGCUCGGAGUACUCC